GGCAGGUUCAGGUAUUAAUACAGGUUAUAAAAGUAGGAAUUUAUUUAGAUCAUUAAACUUUUAAAAAUGUCUUCAGAUGCAUUUGACUCUUUUGGUAGUUUAGACUCCAAAGGGGGUGAUAAGGAACUUCAAGAAUUUUUAAUGGUUGAAAAACAGAAAGCACAAUUCAAUGCUCAAAUACAUGAAUUCAAUGAUUUCUGCUGGGAAAAAUGUGUGGACAAACCCUCAAACAAAUUAGAUAGUAAAACAGAAACAUGUCUGACAAAUUGUGUAGACAGAUUUAUUGAUGUAUCUUUGUUGAUCACAAACAGAUUUGCACAGCUAUUGCAAAAAAGUGGAGGAAUGUAGUAUAUACAUUUUCUAAAUUUAAGUAGUAUGAAUAUUGAAUGUUAAUGUGAUUGAUUGUUUAAUUCUAUGUAAAUAUUUCCAAUAUUAAACGUAAUAAAUUUUUAGU